UAGAGUCCUACAGGUAGUCAUGUGAUUAGGGGGCAGUUUAUAAGCCAUUUGGGUUCAGAUGCAUUGGUAUUGCCACCUCCUGAAGCCCACCCCAGCCUGCAGUGCACAGAGGCAGGAUUAAAACCAAUAUGUUUGAAGAAACAGAACAUGAAGAGGAAGACGGUGCAGUUGUGGAAUAUGGCGAGGAAGAGGAGGUGAAACCUAAACCAAAAGCUUUUCUGCCAGCCCUUGUACCUCCCAAAAUUCCUGAUGGGGAGAAAGUUGACUUUGAUGAUAUCCACCGUAAGCGCAUGGAGAAGGACUUAACUGAGCUACAGUCCCUAAUUGAGGCACACUUCGAGAGUCGCAAGAAAGAGGAAGAGGAACUCAUUGCCCUCACCAGCAGAAUAGAAAAGAGACGAUCAGAAAGAGCGGAGCAGCAGAGAAUCCGGGCGGAGAAAGAGAAGGAGCGGCAAAACAAGCUAGCGGAAGAAAAGGUACGAAAAGAGGAAGAGGAGGCCAAGAAAAAGGCUGACGACGAUGCCAAGAAGAAGAAAGUUCUGACCACCUUGCAGUUCACUGGUUACAUGCAAAAGACGGACAAGCGGGGAGGGUCAAAGAAGCCAACGGAGAGAGAGAAGAAGAGAAGGAUCCUCAGUGAACGCCGUAAAGAGCUCAACAUUGACCACCUGGAUGCCGAGAAGCUCAGAGAGAAGGCAAACGAACUUUGGAAGUGGAUGUACCAACUUGAGGCAGAGAAAUUUGAACUUCAGUACACACACAUGCAUCAGAAAUAUGAGGUCACUGUCUUGAGAAACCGAGUCAGCGAUCACCAGAAGAAUUCUAAAGGGCCCAGGAGGAAGAGAGGCCUGAGGAAAUAGGAAAGACUCACUGGGGGAGUGAGGACAUGCUUGAGCUUCAGGGUGGCCCAAGUGACCUUCAGCCAGUUCCUGAGGACUAACUAUGAUAUGGCAAACUCAUGAUUAUUCAAAGAAUUCUGCAAAGGCCCAUGCAUAAUAAAAACACAUGAUCAUUUUGAUUCCAAACUAUGCACAUCUUAAAUAAUAGCUGGAUUUGAUUCCUAGAAAUAGUUACGCAAAUGUAGGUCAGCAGUAAACCCGCACAGAUCUGUA